UGGCCGGACGGUAUAUUUUAACGAUAAAUCAGCGGUCACACUAGUCAUUGCGGGGUGUGGAUCUGUGGUUUUGUGUUCAUUUAAUUUUUUCAAACAUUUAAGUUUAAAAGUUCGUUUUAAGUUCCCUUUUGUUGUUAAAUAUAAUGAGUUUGGCUUGCCGCCUAUCGUGAAAAAAUUGAUUUCUGUAUAGAGCCAAGCAGGCAAUACUCGAUGAUGUGGCACCUGCAAGCUGUGCUCCUGCUUACGGCAGCAGUCAUCCUGGCAGCGGGUCAAAGCGACACCUACUACAAUCAGCAGCCACAACAGCAACCGCAACCGCAACUGCCCAGCAAUCAGCAGUCCCCGUGGGGCGUCAACACGGACUACAACAGUCCAGGAUUCCCAGGAUCCCCCCAGACACCCAAUCAGUAUGGCAACAACAAUGUGAAUCCCCCACUCACGAAUCCCCCCUAUCGAAGCGAUGCGGGGAGCUACAACGAUCUGACAAACCAAGAUGAUUACAACAAACGGCCGCUGGGUGGCGGCUCCGGCUAUCUGGACAACGAAGAGCCCAGCCUGACGCGUGGCAAGACCUCGUACAAUGUGAAGGCUACCUUCCUGGAGUCCCUGCACUCGCGAGAGCCCACCUAUUUUAUAGUGGCCUCGCGCAUGGUUCGGCCCGGCCUGAUCUACCAGGUGUCCGUGUCGAUAUUGCAGGCCCAAUAUCCCGUAACAGUGCAUGCGAGUAUCUCCUGUGAUGGGGUACAGAUCAGCGGCGAUUCCAAGGACGUGAAGGAGGGUGUGCCAGAGACUCUGCUCAUGAGGAUACCCCCAACCAGUGUCACGGGAAACUAUCGACUGAGAGUCGAAGGCUUCUAUCAGAAUGUGUUUGGUGGCCUGGCCUUCCUCAAUGACACGCGCUUGGACUUUUCCCAGCGUUCGAUGACGAUCUUUGUGCAGACGGACAAGCCCCUGUAUAUGCAGGGGGAGACUAUACGCUUCAGGACCAUCCCUAUAACCACUGAACUGAAGGGCUUUGAUAAUCCCGUGGAUGUGUAUAUGCUGGAUCCGAACAGGCAUAUACUAAAGCGCUGGCUAUCGCGCCAAUCCAAUUUGGGUUCCGUCUCGCUGGAGUACAAGCUGUCGGAUCAGCCCACAUUUGGAGAGUGGACCAUCCGUGUGAUUGCCCAGGGACAGCAGGAGGAGAGCCAUUUCACCGUCGAGGAGUACUAUCAGACACGCUUUGAGGUGAAUGUGACGAUGCCCGCGUAUUUCUUUACCACCGAUCCGCAUAUCUAUGGCCGCGUUAUGGCCAAUUUCACCAGUGGCCUGCCAGUGCGUGGAAAUCUCACGCUAAAGGCCACCAUCCGACCGAUCGGUUACUUUAGCAAUCAAGUGUUGAACGAAAAAUUCCGCCUGGGCCGCAGUCCCCUGGAGCAGGCGAAUCGCUAUAACGAACGCUGGCGCUACAACAAUGUUAAUCAGAAUCCCCAGGUGCAGUACAACGUGCCGCAACUGUCGCAAGAUGGAGCCGAUCUCGGACAGGAUAUCCUAUACAGAAAUCAGUACGUGGUGGAGCGGCAUUAUCAGUUCGAUGAGGAGUGGCCCUUUUGGGUGAAGAAACCCGAGUACCAAGAGUCGUACGAUUCGUGGACGAGCACGUAUCGUAAAGUGCUGCCGUUCCUGCGUUAUUUUAAUGGAACUUUCGACUUCAAAUGGCCCCUAAGAGAGCUAGAGCUGCUCGUACCCAAUCUCUCACAAAUGGAGAUCCUUAUAACGGCCACCGUGGGUGAGAAGUUCUACGAUGAGAUUAUCAGUGGCUACUCCGUGGCGCGUGUCUACAACUCGAGUCUGCGUGUGGCCUUCCUGGGGGAGUCCCCACAGGUCUUUAAGCCAGCCAUGCCCUUUACCACGUACUUGGCUGUGGAAUAUCAUGAUGGUUCGGCCAUAGAUCCCCUACUUCUGCGCCAGGGACUCAUGGAGGUCACGGGCUUUGUGGAGAGUCGCAGUGGCGGUCGCCGCGACUGGCCCGCCCAACGUCUGGCCAUGUCACAGCAAAGCGAUGGCGUCUGGGAGGUUAAGGUGGACAUUCGCAAUGACUUGAAUCUGGAUGAUCGUCCGCAGAGCAGGGACUUCUUGAAUGGCAUCCAGAACAUGAGACUGCAGGCGGUGUUCAUCGACCCACGCGGCGAUCGUGUGCAGACAGAGCUGCUGUUGGUGUCCCACUACUCCCCCAGGAAUCAGCACAUCAAGAUCACGACCAGCACAGAGGCCCCCGUGGUGGGGGAGUACAUUAUAUUCCACAUACGCACGAAUUUCUAUCUGGAAGAGUUCAACUACCUGAUCAUGUCCAAGGGUGUGAUCAUUGUCAACGAUCGGGAGACCAUCACGGAGGGCAUCAAGACCAUAGCGGUGGUCCUGAGUGCAGAAAUGGCGCCCAUGGCCACGAUGGUGGUGUGGAAGAUCACACAGCAGGGACAGGUGGUGGCGGAUUCGCUAACCUUCCCUGUGAACGGCAUCUCCAGGAAUAAUUUCACGGUGUACAUCAACAAUCGCAAAGCCAGGACUGGAGAGAAGGUGGAGGUGGCCAUAUUCGGAGAACCCGGCUCUUAUGUGGGUCUCUCGGGCAUUGACAGCGCCUUCUAUACGAUGCAGGCGGGUAAUGAGUUGACCUACGCAAAGAUCAUCACGAAAAUGUCCAACUUUGAUGAGCAAACAAAUGGAACAUACAAACACAUUUGGUACUCGCACGAGGGCAAUCCCGACGAGCUGGUGUACUUCCCAGCCUCUUCCUUUGGCAUUGAUGCCAAUCGCACGUUCGAGUACAGUGGAUUGAUUGUGUUUACAGAUGGCUAUGUACCACGGCGCCAGGACACGUGCAAUCGCACCCUUGGCUAUGGGGAGUGCCUGAGUGGACGCUGCUAUCGGCUGGAGAAGCAAUGCGAUGGCCUGUUCGACUGUGACGAUGGCACAGAUGAGAUUGGCUGCCACAUAAGGAAUGACACGGAGCUGCUGAGCUAUCGCAAGUAUCGUUUCAAUCGCGUUCUGCGACACUACGAGAACGUGUGGCUGUGGCGGGAUGUCAAUAUAGGACCACAUGGUCGCUACAUCUUCAAUGUGGAAGUGCCCGAUCGCCCGGCCUAUUGGAUGGUGAGCGCGUUCAGUGUGAGCCCCUCCAAGGGCUUCGGGAUGCUCAACAAGGCCCUCGAAUAUGUGGGCGUACAGCCGUUCUUCAUUAAUGUGGAAAUGCCAGAGACCUGCAGGCAGGGCGAACAGGUGGGCGUGCGAGUGACUGUUUUCAACUAUAUGACCACGCCCAUUGAGGCUACGGUAGUGCUGCAUGGCAGUCCGGACUAUAAGUUUGUCCAUGUCGAAGAGGAUGGCAUUGUGCGGUCGUAUAAUCCGCGUAUCAGCGGCGGAGAGCAUCAGUUCUUCAUUUAUUUGGACGCCCAAGGCACCACAGUGGUGUAUGUGCCGGUGGUGCCACAGCGACUGGGAGAUGUGGAUGUGACACUGCAUGUGGCCACCCUACUGGGCACGGAUACCAUCACGAGGAGGCUGCAUGUGGAGUCCGAUGGCCUGCCACAGUACCGUCAUCAGUCGUUGCUGCUGGAUCUCUCGAAUCGCGCCUAUGUCCUCGAGUAUUUGCAUGUGAAUGUGACGCAGACCCCAGAGAUACCCUACCAGGUGGACCGGUACUUUGUUUACGGUUCAAAUCGCGCCCGCAUCUCCGUGGUGGGGGAUGUGGUGGGUCCCGUCUUUCCCACAAUGCCCGUGAAUGCCAGCUCUUUGCUGUACCUGCCCAUGGAAUCGGCCGAACAGAAUGCCUUUAGUUUUGCCGCCAAUCUGUAUACGAUGAUGUUCAUGCGAUUGAUCAACCAGCGCAACAAAACCCUGGAGAAGAAUGCCUUCUAUCACAUGAACAUUGGCUAUCAGCGGCAGUUGAGUUUCAUGCGGCAGGAUGGCAGCUUUUCGCUCUUCCGUUCGGACUGGAACAACUCUGAUUCGUCCGUGUGGCUGACGAGCUAUUGCAUGCGGAUCUUCCAGGAGGCCAGCUUCUACGAGUGGGAGAACUUUAUCUGGAUCGAUGCCAGCAUCAUUGAGAAGAAUAUGCGCUGGCUGCUGCAGCACCAGACGCCAGAGGGUGCCUUCUACGAGGUCACCUGGACGCCAGAUCGGAAAGUCAAUCGCACGAAUUUUGCCAGCUAUACGCAUUUGAGGAAUCGCAAUAUUACACUGACAUCGCAUGUUCUGAUCACUUUGGCCACCGUCAAGGAUCUGUCGGGCACUCUGGGCUCCCGUGUGGCCUUGGCCACGCAGCGUGCUGUGGCCUGGAUUGAGCGGAAUAUGCAGUUCCUGCAGGAGACACCCGAACCGUAUGACGUGGCCAUCACGGCGUAUGCUCUGCAGUUGUGCAAUUCUCCCAUUGCCGAGCAUGUGUUUGGCAUCUUGCGGAGGCAUGCCCGAACCAUUGGCGAAUUUAUGUACUGGGGAAACCAAGAGAUACCCCAACCGCCGCGCAAACUGGAGAACCAGAAGUGGUUCUCCCUGCCCCGACUGCCGUACGAAUAUGAUUCAUUGAACAUAGAGACAACCGCAUAUGCUUUGCUGGUUUAUGUGGCACGUCGCGAGUUCUUUGUAGAUCCCAUUGUGCGUUGGUUGAACUCUCAGCGUUUGAACGAUGGUGGUUGGGAGUCGACCCAAGACACAAGUGCCGCACUAAAGGCUCUGGUCGAGUAUACGGUCAGGUCAAGGAUACGCGAAGUCUCUUCGCUAAGUGUGGAAAUAGAGGCCUCCUCGACGGGUGGAAAGACACAGACGCUGCACAUCGAUGACACCAAUCUGGCGCGACUACAGAGCAUCGAGAUACCUGAUGCCUGGGGCACCAUUAAAGUACAAGCCAAGGGCGCUGGUUAUGCCAUCCUACAGAUGCAUGUCCAAUAUAAUGUGGAUAUAGAAAAGUUCCAAACCAAACCGGCGGUGCCAGCGUUUGGGCUGCACACCAAGGCCAUUUUCCAUGGCAGGAAUCAGUCGCAUAUCUCCUAUGUCGCCUGCCAGAACUGGAUAAACACCGCAGAAUCGGAACGCUCGGGCAUGGCCAUAUUGGAUGUGGCCAUACCCACUGGCUAUUGGAUACAGCAGCAAAAGCUGGACAGCUAUGUCCUCAGCAAUCGUGUGCGGAAUCUGAGACGUGCCCGCUAUCUAGAUCGCAAGAUUAUCUUCUAUUUUGAUUUUCUGGAUCAGGAGGAUAUUUGUGUAAACUUUACCAUCGAACGCUGGUAUCCUGUGGCCAAUAUGUCGCGGUAUUUGCCUGUGCGCGUCUAUGACUACUAUGCGCCGGAACGCUUCAAUGAAUCAAUUUUCGAUGCUUUGCCCACAUAUUUGCUAAACAUAUGCGAGGUAUGCGGCAGCUCUCAGUGCCCGUACUGUUCCAUCUACAACAUGGGCUGGCGUGCCUCCAUGUCCGUGUCGCUGCUGUUCUUCAGCGUUUUUGUCUACCUGCUGAGAAGUCGCACGCAUCUGGUACUGAAUAUGCUGCAUUUGCUCACAUAGAGAAAGAAAACCAUAGAGAACCAUCCCCAUACCACAAUGUCUCCCACAAAUUUCAUUGCUAAGAAAAUUAGCUUUUUUUGUUUUUUAGUUUUUUGUUUUUUUGCCGAACGAAAUUGCAUUCCGUCCCAAAAAUGCUGGUCAACAUUUUUGUUUUUAUGUCUUAUUUAGUAUUCUUUAUUUGUUUACUUGACCCCCCACUCGCUGUAAAAUCGAAUGAAUGUACAAAACAGCCCGAGCCAGAGUUAAUUCAUGUAUUAAUUUUGUAAUUUUAUGUUUAACGCUGAACAAAGAGAAUAUUUUAUACAAAAGCACACAAAACAGAAUCCCCGACCCAACUAAAAACAAAAAUGUAUUCUGUAAGUUAUAUUCGAAACCAUAUAUGAAAUGAACUACCAUUAUCUAUGCCUUACCCCAUAGAGCGGGCUCCAAGUGCCGCUGGGAGAACGUUUUAAUCGAGAAAGAGAGAGGAAGAGAUCGAAGCGUUCAAUAUUUUGUAUGUGUCUUUCACAAAAUGCCUUUAAUAGAUUUUAGAAAUCGUGUUAGCAAAAUGUACGACGAGACAUCAGUGUUUUUGCAUACAUAUCGAAUUGAAAUGGAAACCUAUCUAUAGAGUAAUAUAUAUAUAUAUAUAAUCCUAACGCCUUACUCUUCGAAUUAAUUGUAAACGAAAAGCGAAAUGGAAUCGCACGUUGAAGGAACCGGAACCGUCCAAUUUUAUUUAUGCAACUUAUGAAUCUGCAUAGUCUGUAAGUUUUAUACGUACUUUUUCCCUUCCACCACAAAUGAACCCACAAAUAGUUUGUACUCUUGACAACAUAGCCAUGUAGACGGAAUGAGAAUAUACAAUAUAUGUGCUCGUUCGUGUGUAAAGUCCUCCGUCCCUCCUUUACCAAUAAGAAUCGAAUCGAAUCUCUCCAGGAAGUACAUCAUUUUUGUGCGUUUUCUUUGUAAUGAAAGAAAUGUGAAAAAUAAACGAAAGUAAUACAA